UGGAAAGCCAUCUUCCAGUUAAAUUCUUGGGGGUUGUUUGUUUACCACUCGUUUACGAUCGCUACACAGAUAAGUUACCUCCUUUUUCUUCCUCCUUUUAACAUUCCCUCCAGCUCUUUCCUCUUUCACCUUUCCCCGCAUGUCUGUGGCGCUUUCCCAAUCGUAUGACCAUGUACUGUACUGUACAACAAGGCUACACACUCCCACUUUUUCUCUCUUCAUUUCUGUUCUCUCGCAUUGAGCUGCUUCCAUUUCUCUUACAUAGCAUUUCCUUGAUGUCUUGAUAUCUCUCUCCAAUUUCUCAAUUGUCUCAUUUGCGGGCAGAGUUCUUUCCUUCAGCCUAAUUAAUGCUGUUCAUCAUGACUCCUCCCUUUGUUCAUUUACUUUGUGUCCUCCUACUCAGCAGCCUUCAAACGUUCCUGGUUCGAGGUCUCACUUGCGAGUAUCGCGAACACAGCUUAGCCAAUGCCACAGGAGCUAUCUCAAUCCCAGGUUUCCAACCAUUCAUCAACACAGCUGGACUCACAAACAGUACCUGGGUCCUCUCUACUGCCCUCAAUCAGCGAAGGAAUGUAGAAGGCAACAGUUACGUGAUAGACCAGAGCUUCCACCUCGCCUCUGUCCCACGGAUUGAACAAUCUCCUGAGGAUUUGCCAUAUACCGGCUGUGCAAUUUUGUUGAAAGGCUUCGCAAAACCACGUAUAUCAACUGGUACGAAUGAAACGAAUAGUUGCUAUGGAGUUAUAGAAACAGCUUGCUCCGAUGCAAUUAUCAGCACUAUAAAUUCCCAGCUACUGGAGGGCGUGGCGUCAAGACCAAACAUAUGUCAAGAUAUAAUAGCCAUCCCACCGGAACAAUGCAAAAAGUAUCCCUGGACCGCCGUAGCUGCGACUCGUAAGCCACUACUCACUCCCUUUUACAAAAUUUCAAACUGAAUUGAAAUCACAGAACCAUUUGGAAACCCUUCAUAUUCCGCAAGCGUUAACACUUCCUGUCCCUCAAGUAUCUGGAAUGGCACUGCGAACCUGAUUGCAACUUCCUCUGGUGUCACCUCUCCAUUAAGUGAUACGAGCACGUACGAUUCAUGGGUCACACAAGCAACGCCGUUGAUACUGGUGGCUUUCACCAAGAACGUGAGUGUUGCGACGCCCAGUUGGGGAAAGACGGCUUUGGUUUGCUUGACUCCUACUAAUGUCGCACUGAAGAGUAGGAAGCCUUCGAGUGGUGGGAGAUUGAGAGUUGAUUGGCCAAGCUGGGCGCUGGCAAUGGGUGUUUCGGUGGUUUUAAUGUGUUUUGGUGGGUUGUGA